CCCAAGCAUGUGCCGGUUGUGUGCCGGCGUCGGCGAGUCUCCGAUUUCCUUGCGGGCCUAGUACGUGUGCCUUAACGAGGUCUCUGUGCUUGAACCCCUGACACAAGUAGUCACCGAUCAAUUUUAAACAAGCUUGCUACUUAUACAGCCACAGCCUUUAUCAGAAGUAUAAGCUCAUAUGAGACACCGCACGACCCCCUUGUUCACCAUCAAUACUCAAGUUUCGCCCCGAGAUAUACCGCCAGAUGUCUCCGUCCAAUAAACACGUUGUGUUCGACAUUGUCGGUACAUGUGUGUCGUACGAUGCCAUGUUCAACGCCCUUGAUCGACGACUGGGGGAUAAGCUUCGUGCUCAAGGUAUCAAGCCUCGGCUAUUGGGUUACCUUUGGAUCGAAGUCACUGAGCGGGAAUAUACCUACUUGAGUAUGAAUGGGCGCUACGUCACAUUCCGCGAUGUUUUCAGCAGCAUCUAUUAUCGAAUGCUUUAUAUGGCGGGCGUGCAAGAGCCUCAUGAAUUCUCCAACGAUGAGGAUCUUGAGUACAUUCUCCAGGAGUAUAUGAAGUUGGAAGCACGUCCAGGCAUUCCUGAAUGCUUUCAGAUUCUGAGAGACAACGGGUUCACUGUUUGGGCCCUGACAGCUGGCGAUGUGGAGCGCGUGGGAGGCUAUUUCAAACACAACGGCAUUCACAUGCCCGAGGAGAACUUCAUCUCUUGCGAUGGGUUCAAAAUUGGGAAGCCUGAUCCCCGGGUAUAUAAGCUAAUGCUGGACCGUCUCGGCGAUGAUGAGAAAUGGUUUGCGGCUGCACACAACUGGGACGUCACUGCUGCCCAGUUGGCAGGUUUCAAGGCAGCAUACUGCACUAUUUGGGAGAGAGAACUAUGUGAGGGACUGUUUGGCAAAAUGAACAUCACGGCAGAUACGUUUCCCGACAUGGCGCGCCAGAUUGUGGCGGCAUCUAGUGAAUAACAAGUCAAUGAAUUCCUGCCAUACCAAGAAGAUUUAGCGAUGAUCAAUGCCUAGGGAUUCGGAUCGGAGGUGCUUGGACAGGGACUUACGGCGAGAAAAGUUCAGGCCGCCAAAUCCCGAUGACAUUGCUUUUCUCUUGGUGCUUCAUUGUUCCCUUGAUGGAGUGCCAUGUUUGGGAUAGCCAAGCAACGGUCGCAGCGGCGGGCUGCUGACCGGCACGCUGUACUCUGGCUUGGACCGGUUAUGAAAAGACAACAUGGACUUGUUCGCCGUCGACUUACAGUGUGGGCUUAUCUCGAGACUGUCGGGGCAAGUACACCCCUGGCAGAGUGGAUCCCUCGCGCCCCGGCUUAUCUACCGCUAUUGUUAUCCUCCGCGUCUCCCCCCAUCUCAGGACAAGCUACCA